AAAGGAAAUGAUGUUUCCUAAAAAUUUAUUUUGGGCCUACAACAUGUUAUUCUGAAUUAUGGACUGCUUUUCCAUUUUCCCCCUUUGGUGUGUGUAUCACUGACAUUUUUUUUUUUUUUUUUAAUCAAUUUACAAACCAUGACAUGAGGAUUUUUUAUAAAUCUGUGUCAAUAUCGACGCCAACACUGAUGUGUUUCAACAUAAUACAGUCCCAUCAUAUAAAAUCUGUCAUAAAAUAACAACCCAAUGCACAUUUAGGAUUAUUUCAGACGUCCUGCACAAAUUUGCUUCUUCUAUCCACACCUAGAUUAAGUUAGAGCGUGCAGCUAAUGGCUGUUACUUUUUUGAACUCAGAUUAGUUUUGUAACACAAUUUCAACUGACAAAAAUUUGGGGGGGAAUCAAUUAUUAAUGUGUUCUUUUUUUUUCAGCGGUAGCAGCUCAUCUAGUCAGUUUGCCGCGAACGCAGCACAGGCGGAAUAUGGUGAGUUCAGGGACCUGCCUCCUGCCCCAACACGUUGAAGGACAGAAAUAACCAUGGCCACAAAUAAAGGGGUCAUUGAAGGCCAAAAGCUGGAGUCCUGUGGUGCAGCCAGGGAUGGAGACUCCUCUCUUCAAGUCAGGAUAUUACAGGUCCCAGCCAAAUGUGGACCCGUCAGUGCAGUGCAGCCUCCACCAUCUGCUGCAGGGAUCUCAAAAGGUGACUGUGUCCCACCGAAAGUCAUCUCCAGUGGCCAGAGCUACCAGCCUCCCUCCUCCUCUGUAUGUACAAUCCCAGGCUCUCACACUUCCCCUCGUUCCAUCAUGGUGGUUGCAAAGGCAGCCACUCCAGCAAAGGUGAGUGCUACUAGCCAACAGGUAGCAAAACAGGCUCUCAGCCAGGUGGCCUCCUUAAACCAGGUCACAACUCCCGGAAGAACGAUGGUCAUAGCUGUGCCCAGAUCAGCAGCUCCACAGCCGGUCGCCCCUCGACCACCACAGACUGCUUCUGCACAGCUACCAGCCAAUAUCCAGAUACCACCAGGUAUGAUGUUAAUCCGCAGUGACAGUGGUCAGCUGAUGCUGGUAUCCCAGCAGGCUUUGGCUCAGGCUCAACAGGGACCAAGAGCUGUCAGUGGUCAAGCACCAAGAAUACUGGCAUCACCGGUAUCUGCAGCAGCUGGAGGUAAAAGUAAUGAGAAGGUGACUGUGAUCCGGAUGGCAGCUCCCUCAAGUUUCCAGCCAGCACCAGUCCAAAAGACAGCUGUGGUGAUUGGUGUGGCACCCAAACCAGCUGUGGUUCAGACUCUCAAUGCUGCGUCUGAGCGGGGGAGCCAUCCUCGCAUUCAAACGGCCACCACAGAAACCAAAAAGGAUCCACCACCCACGUUCAGUCAGGAGACCCUGGAAAGUGUGAAGAAGUGCAAGAACUUCCUGGUUACUCUGAUCAAGCUGGCUUCAAGUGACUCCAGGUCUGCCGACAUGGCAAACAAUGUCAGAGGACUGGUCAGAAGUCUGCUGGAAGGGAAGGUGGAAGCAGAGGAAUUUACAGAACAGCUCUAUGAUGAGUUGAAGUCGACUCCGCAGCCCUGCCUGGUGCCUUUUCUAAAGAAAAGUCUUCCAGCAGUUCGCUGCCUUACCGCAGACCCUCAGUUAUUUAUCCAACAGGCUUCAACUUCCAUCCGCAACCCCACAUCUCUGUCUUCCACCGUGAAGCCAUCCAGCACAGACCUGAGGACCAGCCAGCAGGGUGUUCAGCAGGCUCGAGGAGUGACUCUGAGGCCUGGGUUGACGACAUUCACCCAGUCAAGACAUUACGUGUAUAAGAGAGGUGGACCCGCCCCCAGACACACAGUGGUCCAGUCAGGAAAACACUUUGCAGGAGCUUUUUCAGUAAAGCAGGGCUUCACUCAGGAUCCACCUCAUUCCUCCAAAUCUGCAUGCAAGGACAGUUUAGGAUCUUACAAAGAAGAUGAUGACAUUAAUGAUGUCGCCUCCAUGGCUGGGGUCAACCUCAGAGAGGAGAAUGCACAGAUCCUGACCACCAUGGUCGGCUCUGUGGUGCAGUCAUGCCAGGAUCAGCUGUUCCUGUCACCUCACCCGGUGCUCAGCCGAAUCCUUCACACAGGACAGGCACUGGGAGUAACUGAUGUGGGUCCAGAGGUGGUGGCUCUGGUGUCUCAUGCUACUCAGGAGUGUCUUCGUGGGUUGCUGGAGAAGCUCACUGUGAUUGCUGAACACCGCAAGGCUGCCCUGAAGGAGGACCAGUGGCAUGCUAAAGAGAGUGAUGUGCGCUCUCAGCUCCGCUUCCUGGAGGAAAUUGAAAGUUUGAAGAAGAAGAGGAAAGAUGAAGAGGAAAGAGAGCGACUGCUGCGUUUGGCCAGAAGUCGCUCACACACUGAGGAUCCACAGCAUCAGCAGCUUAAACAAAGAGCCAAAGAGCUACAGCAAAUGGAAGAAGCUCAGCUGCAGCAAAGAGAAGCCAACCUCCACGCACUGGCUGCCAUCGGGCCUCGCAAGAAGAGACCCCUGGAUAUGAUGGAAAGCCAGGUGCCUCUGCUGCCCAGGCAGGGUGUCCACAGAGUGACUCGGGUGAUGCUGAAGGACCUGCUGGCCUGUAUGGAGCAGGAGCGCUUCCUUCGUCACUCCCUCAUUCUCUACAAAGCGAUGCUGUGAUGCAUUGAACUUUCUCCUAUUGCUUAAUCCAUGAACUGCUCUAAAAUUAAUAAUAUGUAAUUUUGCAUAUACAAGAUCCCAAAAUAAGUUUUGGGGUGUUCUGUUUUUUCCCUCCUUCAAAGUUUGUUGCACUUUGUUUCAGAACAGAUACCUUUGUUAGUUUGCCUUUAGUUUGUUGUUCAGAAGAAACAGUAGUGCUGAUCAGUGUUGGCAGCUGGUCUCCGAUAGCACUCACACUUUUGGUUGUUUAUUGUUUUGCCACUAAAAUAGUUG